GAAAGUGUUAUAAUAAUAAUUUAGAAAAUAUCAUAUCCAGAAAAUGUGUAAAACACGAAUGUUCUUCUCAGUAAUUCUUAGCUUUGUUUCCGAAUAUUCACGAAACUACCCGAGCUUGGCCGAUCUUCAGUGCCCUUUAAAACGAAAUCAGCCGAAGCCUUCCAGAUAACGCCGAUUUGAAAAGCCACAGAAGUGUCUUUCUUUGGCAGAUUGGGGGCGAGGAAGAAGGGUUGGAGAAUAAGGGGAAGAACAAAUCAUCAUUUAAAUCAGAUUUCGCCUUCAUUUCAUUUGACAGUUGCUUCAAUUCGCCUGGAUUACAUAUACACAGAAAUCCAGCCGAAAUGGGCCUUAAAUAUGUGGUGGUCAUUAGCACCCUCCUAUGUUCAGUUUGGUCAUCUACCAUUAAAGCGAAAGAUGAACAUCGUACAGCUUUCUUCGGGGAGGAUAUUCAUAUUCCCGUGCCGGCUUUGGAUACAACAAAUGUGACAUUUAUGUCAAGGAUGGAUCCGCAGUCUGAGGUUACUCUCCUAGACAAUGGAAAGAUUCAGAAUCAAAGAGUCAAGCUUAAUACUCACGGCAGGCACCUGAUCCUGGAGGAUGUGGGGGAGGAAGAUGAGGGCACGUAUGUGGUGAGGAAUUCUGCGGCACCCGCUGAUGUCAGACGCAUCAUUCUCAUUGUUAGAGACUGUGCAACAGAGACUGUGGUGAAAUAUGGUGACACAUAUCAUAUCCCGAUCAAUCCUAGCAUCGGUCCAUAUAAACUUGAGUUCAGAUCAGCAGGUCAGACUCAAGUUAAUGUGACCACUGAGGCACCACCCAUAAUUCUUAUUUACAAACGUGCCAUCAUCGACACAACAGAGUACCACAACCGUCUCAACGUCGAGGAGAAGAGGGUUAAUCUUCAUUUGGUUACAGGAGCGGAUGAGGGCAGCUACACCGUCACUGACAAUGACGACAAAGUCAGAAUGAGAACCUGUCUCAAUGUGAAAGACCACCAGAUCUUCGAGCACUUGAAUUAUGGAGAAACCCUGAUGAUCAAGCUCCACGCACACCACACCAAAGUCCGAAUGGUUUACAUCCCAGACUCUGACCGCAAGGAGCGACUCAUCCUGGAUCAGGGCGAGCUGGUGUUACCUCUUGACCCUGCUUUGGACGGUCGUGUGUCUGUAGAAGAAACAGUGCUGUAUUUGAGAAAGGUGAAAGUCAGUGACACAGGUGUCUUUCGACUGAUGGACCUUUCGGGCUUUCGCAUAGCUGAUGUCUACCUUCACGUGGAACCUUAUAAGCUGCCACAACUCUACGUGGCGAUCCUCUCCCUGCUGUCACUGCUUGCGUUUCUACUGUUGGUCUGUCUGGUGUCCUGUCUGAUUAAAGUUCACCAGCGGGAGAAGAGAGCGCGUAAGAUCAUCCUAAUUGCUCAACAGGCUGGCAAGAACGAAGGAGAGACGUUCAGACAGGUGGUUCAUGAAGCGUACACUAGAUUCACAGAGGACUCCACUAUGCAGUCCACAUGGGAGAACAUCACAGAGAGCACUGAAGUUGAAAUCAAAGGUCUUGAGGUAUCCAAACCAGGUCAGUACCAGGCCCUCCAAUCUGACAAGAACUUUUUGGAGAUGAAUGACUCGGGUGCUGAGUUCAACUCCUCCGCAAUACCUCUGGACAGCGACACGGACGUCCCCGACAACGUCACCUCUCACAAGCCCUUACUUGAGUCUGACACCCUCGCCGCCGUCCCCCCAGCCAUUUCCGAGGGCGACCACAGUUCAACUCGCACCCCUGACUCUGCCCUGAGCGUCAGCCCUGCCACCCAACCCAAAUCUGGGGCUCACACAGAUGUUGUCGACCUUAUUGGAGCAACCGCAGCUGAGGAAUCGGCCAGAGCGAAUGAGCUGGAUGCAAAGAUGAGCAAAGAUCCGUCACCGCUUUCUGAUAAACCCGCUGCAUUGGAUCCAAGCACAACCUGAGUAUUGCAAUACAAUCAGUCUCAGCAACCAACUCAUCGUCUCUUAUUUUACGUCAAUGCAUCCACUUUCACCGUAAAACAUCUUACUGUUUGCAUUGCUUAGACUUCCAUUGCGACACCACGUCUUGCUUGGAGUCAUUUGAUGGUUUGUCAAAUAAGCAUAAACUGAGAAGAACAAGUCCAAGAGAAGACAGGACACUUACAAAACAUAAAUAAAACAUGAACAUGGAAGAAAUGGUUAAUGGUCCUGCACUAUGCAUGCAUUUACAUUACUAAAGACUUGCUAACAGCCGAGCGCUGGAGUAGAGAGACCAUUUAGUGCAUGCCAAGAGGAAAUAAAAAACCUCACAACACUUUUAAGACACACAUGGGUGGUAAAUAUUUCAUUUUUAACACUAAACUUUACUAAACCAUGCAACUUUACCUGGACCUGCUGCACCUGGACUCAGCAACUUCAACUUCCAAAUGCCAAAAUAAUACAUUUUGACAUGCACUUCAUUUCAACUUCAAGAUCAAUUUGAAUGCAGUAUGAGCUGCUUUUGGGCUUUCCAGCAGUCAUCGCCGACUUUAAAGGGCAGUGCUGAUAAUCUUUACCAGUGCUAAACUAAACAUCCUGAUUGACAGGUAGCUGAUAUGAUGACUUAACGUUGUAAAUAGGAUCAUCUGCGAUGAAGGUUUUGGCCCUAGUUUAGAGGAACUCCUGAUGAAACGGCUUGUGUCAGCAGUUGAAGGUGCUGACUCUGCUGGGGUACCUUCGCAGUUUGGGAAUUUUAUCUUAUUUCAUUUUCUUCUCAUAUAAUCCCUCAUUCUUGCUCAUUUAAACACGUUUGAACAGAUUAAAGAUCUGUGGAUGGUUGGAGGUCAGUUAGGGUGACUAAACGUGCCAUUUUUCUCAGACAUGUCCUGGCCAGGAUUUCGGGUGUGUCCUCCGGAAUUUGUCAUACCGUACACUUUUGUAGCUCCAGAUAUCUCUGCCUUCCUCAAACGCUUUGAUUUUGUACAAAGCUCAUUGAUUUGAAAAGCGUUGUGUCCCUGUUUGGCCAGCUAAUCUGUACGUUGUGAUUGGCAUGAAUACUUCUAACGUCAGAAGUAAAUGUGACGCUCGUUACCAUGUUUGAAAGAUUUGCUCACAAUGCAAUGCUAACAAAAGUUAACUUGCAGGAUGUGAGUCCGAAACGGUAGAAAUUAUGAUAUUUUCGGUCUUGUCCACGUCAACCAGCGCAGGAAUUAAAUCUGUGUGUUUGUUGUAGUCCAAAAAAAGAGUUUUAUAUUGGAAACGAUAGCUCACGUCAUCUUUACUUUGGGGUUUGUACCUUUUGCAUAUCGUUAACAUGUACUAAUACACACUUACUAGGGAUGCACCGAUAUGGAAAUUUUGGCCGAUACCGAUAACCGAUAACUCUUUAUAUUUGGGGGCCGAUAACCGAUAUAUAUAGGCCGAUAAAUAUUCAUAUUAUUUUCACAAUGAAAAACUCCCAAACCGCGGACAUCUUGUCUUUGCUAGCAUACUCUUCGUAAGACCGCAACACGUGUCAUCUUCGUGCUAUGUCACAGAAAGCACCAAUCAAAACUUCACAUGGCCAGCAAUGAGCAAGUGAAGUGGUUCAACAAACCAAAAUAAUCCAUCAUUUAUCGGCUUUCAUUUAUCGGCCUAAUUUUGCUAUCAGACCGAUAACUGAUGAUAUUAAAAAAUAUGCAAUUAUCGGCCGAUAAUGAUAUGUCGGCCGAUAUAUCGUGCAUCCCUAACACUUACACACCAAAGGAAAUCUAAAAUCAUUAAUCGGACCAUAGGUGCCCUUUAAACCUCGAUGAUGUAUGCGGUCGACCCAAAAUCCUGGUCAGGACGUGCCUGGGAAAAAUGUCAAUUAUGGUCACCUUAAGGUCAGUAGUGAAAUUUGAAGGUGUUGGUGUUUGUAGGCCUUGCAGAGAGAUUGCAGAUUCUUCUUGGUAAUCUGGUGUAAAAUUUGUUAAAAUGUUUUAAAAGUUUUGAACAAUAUUUCUAACCAAAGGCAUCAGGAAAAAAGAUUAAGUAUGAAUAGUUUACAGUGAACAGUCAUCAAAAUAUUAUUGCCAUUUAAAAUGCUUCGUCCUUUUCUUUGAAUCCCUUUAAAAGGAAUUUAAAGUUUCAGGAACCUUCUAAGGACACGAUACAGCUUUUAAAUCAACAACAUACAACAUAGAUAAAUUGUAAGGUUUUGAUCUGAAUAAUAAUUUCACUUAAUGCAUUUAUAGUGAGAAAGAUGACUAUAAUUGUUGCAAUGUUAAAAUGAGUUAGCUAGCCGCAGGAGGGCAUUGGCCUGCUGGUAAAAUUGCUACCUCACUGUUUUCACGCACACCGAAAAUUACAAAAUAGACACAGGGUGGUAAAAAAAAUUUAACUAAAGCAACUAAAAGCACAAUUAAGAUUAAAGCCUUGAUAACAUUCGUGUGAAAUUGCAGCUAAUGUUAAUAGAACGAUUUGCAAAAAUAAUGAAAUUAUUAUAAAAAUAUAGAAUCGCUUUUACCCUUUGACCUGGAAACAGUCAGUUUAAAACUACUUAAAUGUUUCAAUUUUCUUGACAUUGUGUGAACUGGUAAAAAGUUUCAAUAUUGAUGCUAAUAAGAUAUAUUUAAUGUUCAAGCUUAAAAUAAACCCUGCAUUUUCACAAUUUUCGAAAGACGCCCGUUGAUUUAAUAUAGAAGUUCUAGCAUUAAGUUUUGAAUAGUUUUUCUUAUCUUUCAUAGAAUGAAUGUGUAGUUUUUGGGCCUUAUAAAGCAAUAUUAGUGUUGAAACACUACACAUACAUAUAUACACACACACAUAUACAUAUAUACACACACGUUACCCUGUCUGUGAAAUCCAGGUUAAAGUCUUAUAAUCUAAUGAUGAAUUUAGUCAUUGAUUUCAAUCUUUGACAUGACCUUACUCAUUUGAUAUUAAAUAUAUCAAGGUUAUAAUUUUACAGAAUGUUCUUUACAUUAACUAGGAGCAAAUCACAAAAAUAAAGACUUUAUUUGGGUUUUCACUGGUGUGGUCACAAACAGUAUGUACAAACUGGGUAGGUGCAAUAGUAUGAACAAACAUACAUCCAACCACCAGUGGUGGUCGAUGACUUCUUUUUCGACCCUUCAAAGGGGUUUAUGAUAAAAGAGACGCUCGCAUUUGCCAGAUACUCACUUAUUUAGAGUUUACUGUUAAGUUAGUGUCUUGCGAGUAUUUUGUGGAUGUGAGCGUUUCCUUUUGAUGCGUGUGCAGCAGGCACGUAUUUUGACAUGAUGCAUGAUGGACAUGGUUUACAUGAUGCAACGAACACAUAUUUUGUCAUAAGUAGCAACAGACAUGACACUUCGAACACAAAUUCGGAAAAGAAGUCACAGAUCACCACUGUCAACCACACUUCUGUAUAUAAAUAUAUUGCAUGUUAGUAAUCUUACUAUCUAAUGAUGGAUUCUUAUUUGACUUAUAAUGACACACUAAACUAACAGUGAGCCAUUAUCGUACAUUCACCUCUGUUUCUUCUGCUAAACCAGUUGUCAUGCUUUGACUGCUUUUAAAUUUGCACUUGGGAAUGAUUUUAAUCAGCAAAAUAUACAUUUCACUGAAACUAUAUUGCUACUACUAUUGAUUCAAUUAUACUCUCUGUUGUAUGCCUUGAUGUCAUACUGUAGAUCUAGUAUAUGAAGAAUUAAAAGAGUUACAUAUGCAUGCUGAACUAGAAAUGAAGCCUGUUAGAAAUGAGAGUUUGUUUUACUUUGUCUCUGAUGAGAAGUAUUCUUAAUGCCAUUAAAUAUGAAAUAUUAAUUUUUGUAUGUCACAUAUUUACAAGCGAAUGUUUGUGAGCAGUACAUUUCCAGUGCGUAUGGGCAUUUUAAUGCUCAAGCUGUAUAACUCAACAAGCUAAAGGUUGAAAUCAAAUCUAGCUUGUUAAUAAAAGGAAAUGGAUCCUGUUUAUUUCACACCAGACAGGAAAUCUUAUUUCACGGAGGAGAGUUUUUAACAUUGCCUCGGUGCUUGUUGAGGUGCAUUACAGAUUACAUUUUUGAACUUUCCCAUGUACCAAUGUAUGGAUUUAAUAUUUUUUCACCCUUUGAAGAAUACAGCAAAUAUAUGCUGCUUGUAAAUACAGUGUAAACUUGGAGUGUAUGUAUUUGAUUGUAAAAAAGCUUUUACCCCUCAUUUUUUUCAACUGUUUCAACAAUUCACAUUUACACACUCCAUUUGAUGGUUUAAAUGUGCAUUUACUUGUGGUGAAAGAAACUAAAGUGGCACUUAUCACACAUGUAUAAAGACCUUUGAGUGGUAUGGAAAUAAUAGCAAUACAAAACCAUCCUGAAAGCUUGCUCAGGUGUGACCAAACACAUUAUCCAACAAGCUCAGGAGGAGUGUAUGUUUUUUCUGAUGAUUUGUUCAAUCUUUAAAAAAUGUCUCAUGAAUUGAUCUUCUGACAGCUCACAUUCAAGGGUUCUCAGGAGAAAGGUUUAUCAAAGUUAUUUGUCUCAACAUUUUGCUCCUUUAAAUGACCAUUGGCAGCCAUCCCGCACUUAUCGAUUUGUCUGGGAAUGGAGACUGAUAUAGGUGAUAUUAUCUUGCAUGAGAUAAAUGAUAGACUUCAAUGUAACCAUGGAUAUUAACAAUACUUCAGUCAUGUACAAAGUAUGGUGUAGACGACUGUGUUGGCUAGUGUUACAUUUACAUGUGGUUUCAUAGCUUGUAAAUUGUUUUGGCUUCAGGGACAGCAUUGAUUUUUUUCUCUUGAAUGAAUGAUGAAAAUAAAGCAAAUUCGACUUUAAA